GAAGUCGAACUUUGUGUUUUAAUUAUCUUGUUGGUGAGGUAGGACGACAUAUUGUCUGUGACUUGUUCGCACAUACAAGGGUUAGUGUUCUUGGUAGGAUGCGCCGAAUUUCCCUCUUUUUGUGAAGCCUGUUUUGCUAUCGUAAUUGGCAUGAAUGUCCUUAUGAUUUCCUGUUGAUUGUGAUUUUACAUCCAAAUAAUCCUGUUAAGUCGGAAUGUUUUCUGGAUGUAGAGGGCUAUUUUAUAUGUCUUCAUUUAAUGUUCUAACUAUUCACAAACGAUUUUUUUCCGAAUUUGUAUUAAGAGUCAAACCCACUCGUCAUUAUUUUAGCUCGAAAUUCCUCUUAGUUCAGUAAUUCGAUGCAUCGACUUCAUAAAGUACUUGAGACAGCCAUGUCUUGGUUUCACCUCAAUUCUGAUUAUGUGGUGAGGUCUCCAUUGGGCAGUGUUACGUAGUUCUGGAGUAUGUCCUCUAUUUAAGCUAUUAUUGGUCGGCUUGCGUACGUCAGGUCCAACGUUGUGUGAGACUGAAGAACUGAGGGAUUCGACAUGAGCAACCAGUCCAUUAUGGUCCAGAAACUAGCAGAUAUCUACUGAUAGAUAUGUAAGGAGAGGUCCUGGUGUACCAAACACAACUCCCUGUUUGUCGAGUAUUGAGAAGUUAUUUUAUGCUAUUAGAUUCAGUUUACAUGCAUUACUCUCACUUUAAGCAUAAUUCCGCUGUUUUUACGUGGUCAUCUCACCGUGAAAAUACUCUGCAGCUGCUGGUCCCCACAGUUUUCGAAGAGGACUUUACCUACUAAACCUUGUCCGCUUAUUGUUUUUGUAGUUUAUAGCUUGAGUUCGAAAUUUUAGUCAGGUUAAAAGUCCGUUUAAUGAUAUUUCUGUAAAUUCGUCUUAGUGUAUUUCAAAUUUUCGUGAGUGCACUUCUUACACAAACGUACUCUUGAUACGUCACCUGAGACAUUCGUACAACUUUUGUAAAACUGAUGUUACCAGUUCAUCUGUUUUAUAAACGGAUUAUGACAAGCACACUUCCAAUUUAUAGUUCUUUACAUAUGCAAAAUCAACUCAGCGAGUCAUUACGAUUUUUCUAUCAAUCAAGUCAGUAUAUUUUUAAAAUGUUUCUUUAUAACUAACAGCUCCAGUAUUGAAAGGCGUGACUGCCGUGCAUAGAUUGCUACAUACGUGAUAAAAGUGUCUAUGUUGGUCGUUCCCUUUUCAGACUAUUAACACAGUCACUAGUAGUUCACUUAAGUUAAUGUAAGAAGUAACUGGGUUUUAUAGAGCACAAUGUCACAUUGUAAAUUCAUCUGCAUUAUUGCUACAUCGGAAGAAACUGAUGCGGAGUAGCGUCGCUGACACAGCAUUAGAUCGUUCAUCCUAUGUUGAUUUUUUUAUGUUCAGACCACACGUUCAGUUUUCAGUGUCUGGGUUCUUUUAACGAUUCAUUGGCUCCCACUUAACGGCGUACAGAGGCGUGUCUCAUUACUGAGUCCUCUGCUAUGAAUUCAUUUUUUGUCUAUCGCUUUAGAUGUUUAUCCUGAUGGUUAUCCUAGACAUAUUUCUUGUUUCUUUUUUAGUUAUUCUCGUCAUUGAAAAUGGCUCUGGCCGCUCAGAAAGCUCUGUUGGAUGAGCUAAUGGGUAAAAACAGAAAUGCUUGUAAUGGUGAGAGCUCUGGUGGUCCACAUUGGUCUGACGAUGAUGUAUGCAAGUUUUAUUUGUGUGGGUUUUGUCCUCAUGAUUUAUUUGUCAAUACAAAGACGGAUUUGGGUCAGUGUCCUAAAUCUCAUGAUGAGCGCAUGAGAGAAUCGUAUAAAAAGAGUUCUCGUUUUGGAAAGAUGGGGUACGAGCAAGAUUUUGUUCACUAUCUUACUCAGCUUUUGGAGGAUGUUGAAAAAAGAAUUCGGCGAGGACAUGAGCGACUGGCAGUCAAUAAAUGUGUUAACAAUCCAGACCCGAUCGGAGCCAGUGAAAAGAAAGAAAAAAUUGCUGCGCUCACCAAAAGAAUAAAUGACUUGGUGAAACAAGCUGAGGAAUUGGGAACUGAAGGAAAGGUUGAUCAAGCACAGGGAGUUCUUAAAUUGUGUGAACAGCUAAAAUUUGAGCGAUCACAGCUCGAGGGUGAUGCGCGUCCCGGAAUGACUCAGACUAAAGAGUUGGAAGUCUGUGAGAUUUGUGGAGCCUUCAGAAUCAAAGACGAUGCACCUCAACGAGUUGAAGAGCAUUUGUCUGGUAAAAUGCACCUUGGCUACGCGAAAAUUCGUGACUAUUUAAGACAAUACAGUGAGAAGCAUUCGAAUUCCUCUUCUCGUUAUGGACGACGGGAUAAACGAUCUCCAGCUGAUCGCUCUCCUAUUUCUCGGGAUCGUGAUCGUCGUCGCAGCCGUGGUAGGAGUGUAGAGCGAAAGUACGUUCUUUUUUCUAAACGUAAGCUGUGGUUAGUAGUAUCACAGUUCCCCGAUGAAUUAAUGUGAUUCGAUUGGAAUAAUUUAAAAAGGUACUUAUUGCAGAUUUUAAUUCCGCUUAUUAGGUAAUUUUGGAGUCAUCGUCUAUUGCGGAGGCAAUCGAUUCCACAAGGUAUAUUUACUUUUAAAGCCCAAAGUAGUUUAUUUAACAUAGAUUGUAAAGUUCGAUUAAGAUAUACGCAAGGUGAAUUUUUAGGUAUUUUUCACUAUUGUCUCUAAGUGUUUUUGUCCAUUUUUCAGUUGCUAUUCUGUUCUUGUUUAUUUUCUCAGUUCUCAUCUGCACUCCAAUGCUUCCCGACAUGGUCGCCACGAAAGUGGUGGCAGUCGGUUUAGAUCCAGACAUGAUUUUCGGGAUGAAAGGCGAAGAUUUGGUAGAUCUAGAUCCAGUUCACGUUCGCGUAAACUUUACGAUCGUCACCGUCACGACCACUCAUCCUCUUCAAAGUCCACGAAGCGCAAUACUUCACCAUUCAGUGCCGCCCGACGUCCUCCUGAGGGUGCUGAAGAUUACUAACUUCUCAGUCCAACCUAUUUGUUAGAAUAUUGUACAUAUAUUUCAGAUAAGUUUUCUGUUUACGCGUUAAUAAGACCUUAAUUCAUGUUUGUUUCCACUUAGCAUUGAUUUGUCGAAUACAGAAAUUAUUGCAAAUUUUCUGUUCUCAUUUACUCUUUUGGUAGGCCAUCGGAUACGUUAAUUUUAUUGGUAUGAGAUUUCUAUUUGUUUCCCGAUAACUCAAAGUUGCACCAUAAGUCAUCCAAUUUUUCACUAAUAGGACAAUGUAUAGUUGUUUCAUAUCCAGGUUUUGCCUUAUUUCUUACAAUGGUGUCUUAAUAGCAUAACAUUUAAGUAGUGGAAACAGUAGUGCUCCUUCGUCCGUGAUCGAAUUUUCAUUAUAUUACCCACAAAUAGAGUUGUUAUGACAAGCUGUUUAUCACUAUUUCUUCGUCAAUUUUGCGUUCACGGAAAUUACAGUAUCUGAAAUUCAGUGUCAAAUGUCAUUCUUGGUACUUACAGUUGCGCGCUGAAGUAUUUAGGACUAAUCAUUCGCUCAAACUACUUGACGAUACACGACGGACAGGAGAAAUUCGGUUCGUCCAUAAGCCUUGCUUUGUUAGUGCUCUGGUCUUUGGGUGUCUUGUUAUGUCCUAUGAACAAUCCAAUGUGGUUUUGUGAGUCGUCCUCGAAACUCGUUGGUUGUUGAGAUCUCGGGUGUUCAACUUUCGUUGGUUGCUUACUAACAUUAGUAGUUUGAUUUCAUAAGUAAACUUAGCUAGCACCAUAUAAACGAUCCCAAAACAAGAUAAAUAUACGCGAGCUAUUGCGAAUCAAAGAGUGCUGUUGGUAUCGUAGCAGACAAAAUCAAUUUAUGUGAAGACCCGGAGCGGCUUGUGUUUACCUGUAGCGCCUCUCUGAUGCGAGUCUAGGGGAUCAAGUGUACAACUCAUCAGUGGAACCAUCUCUGCUCUAUGGUUACAAAAUAUGAGCCUUCCGAGCUGAAAGUUCCCAGUGACUGGUUAUCGUUGUCUCUGAUACAUCGGGCGGCAGUGACGAGACGCAUCAGUUAUUUGUUUUUUUUUACUUAUUUAUUUGAACACAUUGGUACAAGGAGGCACCAGAUACGUCUGCACCACACAAAUCUCGUUUGAUUUGUGUAAGGGCUGUGAUAAUGCCCGGGUGCUCAAACCGAACCAGGUGGUUUUCUUAAGAGGCCACGCCCGGAGCAUUCGACCUGAAGGUCUGAUCCAUAAGGCAGUGGAGCAUCGUGAGGAGAUGCAGUCCCAUAGUAGGUGACCAACAAUUGGCUUAUACGCCAUUUGUUCCAUCAGGAUACUGAGGCCCAUGUGCACUAGUGGUCUGGAAUCAGGGUUUUCCAACUACCCUAGGUGGAAUCUCCAUGUCCACUAAAACGGUUAAAGCUUCGGACAUUCACUUUUCGUCCUCGCAAACAACACCCCCGCCACGAGAAGGCAGUGGGUAGGACUUCCCUGGCAGAGGCUAUUUACGCGUGGCUGAGGUAGAGCGGACCCUCGGCCGUGCCAGGGCAUUUGGGGGGCAUCAGUGUUUACUCGGGUACGGUGAUGGUAAUCCGAUUUCUCUUUCUUGAGACGCCGUAUUCGGUGGUGUGAUCUUUCUUAACGGUUAUCAUCAUUACUUCUACAUCGUAAGUUGUCAACGUGGCUUUGUCAAAAAGUGAAAAGGUGGUCGGUCUAUGGAAUAGCGCAGCAUGAUGUGAGGUUGCUGUUUUGGACUAGGAUCUGUUGGUCAAUUACAACUCCGUUAAGAUCCUUGAGAUCGCGCACCUCAGUUGCUUGAGACUGUGUGAGAUAUAGCUCAGAAGAGAAGCCUGUGUUAAACCUACUCUUUUUGAUGUUACAUUUCAUAAUAAUGAUCCUCCUUAGCUGGGAGAAGUCUUUCACGAAUGUUUCCAGUUUAACGAUUUCACCAAUUACUAAUUCUUACUUCCUUAGCGGCUGUACUGUCAUUCAUUUCUAUUUUUUAUGUGACGCGCUUCCUGAUACCCUAUCGUACCAGGGUUUAUAUAGUUUAAAUAAAUUAGCUUCAGGUGUAAAGUAUAGUACGAGACCGGAGAAAGAUAGUGUUUCUUGGAAUCGAUCUUAGCAUAAUUUCCCUACCUACUACCUCAGCAUUCUAGACUGUCUUAUCUCCGCGUGACCUUAUAGUUUUUUUAGUUUUCUUAAACUAAGUAAUGAAUACAUUUUUAAAGCUUUAUUCACGAACGGUUGUUCAAGGUUAUGAAGUAUGUGAUGAAGAGCUUACGUGGUGUGCUUAAAUUGCAAGCAUUAUUAUUGAAUAGAAGGGAAUGAAUAAUAUGUUACUGUGAUGUAUAACUUGAUUUAGUCCGUAAUUUAUGUGCAUUUUCUCGAUAACUUCAAACCUCUGGUAAAAUUCAGGGAAUAGUGACUUCUGUUCAUAUCAAGACGUGUACUCCAACAUUCUUUCUGAUACCUGGCUCAUGAGGCCCAGAAUUAAGUGUUUUGGACCGUUAAGCGUAGCAUUCAUUUGAUGUACUAAUACUUAGUUGUUUCUGAAGUAACACCUUGUGAAUAAUCUCAAUAACCUCAAUUGGCCGAUUCACGUCAUUCGUAGGUUUCUUUACCGCAAACAAUUUAUCACCGCUGAUCAUGCACAAUAAAGAGUUACUUAUAUCAACUAUCUACUUCCCAGUUUAGCCAUGCAUACAAAAGCAGGCAGUUCAGAUUGUCGGUAAUGUUUUCGACGAAACAAUAUCUAGUUUUCACAUGUUAGAAAACCAACCAUGAAACAUUCAGUUUGUUUUUUUGUAACAAAAUUUUGAGAUCGUCCAUUAACUUUUCUUGGUCUGAAACCAGAAUCGGAGCUCUAUCUAAUCAGAUGGCUUGGUUUUUAUGUGAGAAUCGUGUGCUAUUUCUCAAAAGCUGCUUCUGCUAGUCAACAAAAAGGUUUGAUACGAAGCGUUAUUGCGGGGAAUUGACUCGGAAAAUCGAUAACUCUUCAUAUGGUAAUGCUGCUGUAUACAGUGAAACAAUAUUUUCUCAGAAUGAUGUGUAUAUUAAAUCCAGUCGAAGCUAAUAGUCAGUCAGUAGCAACGUAGAACUUCGUACGUACGUACAUCAGUUCGAGUUGCCAUACCACAUUGACACAGUGGUAGGGGUAGUAAAAGUAUAAGCACUGAUCGGAAAGAUUAGGGUUUGAAGACGUUAUUUAAAGAGUAUAAUACAAUGAAAUAAAUUUGGAAAGAGGAGAAAGAAAGAGACAUGAAGAAUUCAGAAGAUUGGAAUUUGGGAGAACACAAAGAGUGGAUGCACCUGCGCCAUUGCAAACGAUUUUGAGCCAUGUCAUUCAGGGUCUCCAACCAUCGGUUGCUAUCGUCUCGCGGAUCCUAAUCAGGUUUAUUUUAUUUCGUACUAAUUUGGUGAAGAAACAACGACUAAACAAUUGCUUAUAAUAUUUAAAAUGUUUAGAAGUAUAGAGUCUUAUUAAUUUUAGUCAUAUUUAAAUAAACAUGCUGAUAUGAAGAAGACAGCUCCAAUUUGAUGUAUGAUAUGUAUAUCUCCUUGUGGUUGUCUGUUUCUUAGCAUAACAAUGAGAAAAAUAAUUUUGUGUUACACUGUUUUAUUUGACCUUAAAAGUCACUGAGUUAACGUAAAUAUUUUAAUUAUUGCAGAUAGUGUGAGUGAAUUUAUCGAUUAAUUUAAUCAUUUUACUCAUUGUCAAUAAUCCAGAUUUUUGAAGCAGUGAUUUGUGCUGAAAAUAAUUAAGCUGAUUUCAAACAAGAAUCUCACUGGUUCAGCAAUUUCAACCCUGAUUCAGGAAUGUAAAGCUACAGAGAAAAAAUAGUUUUGUUGUUAUUAAUGAGUUAUCAUUAUUAAGAGAAUGGUGAUAUAAUUUUUGAAAUCCAUUGUCAAUCUUACACAGAACUUAGGUUGAUAUCGUAAUCAUUAUUAAAUUUUACAGGGAUCUAUUGAUUAAUACUCUUCUCGAAGGCUAAAAGUUAUUUACAAUUAUACGACGAUGAUUGAGUUCCAAAUCAAGUUCAAACUACCGAAAAAUAACUGUAGUUAAAUCAUUUUCACUAUUAUCAGCAUAGGCUUGUGGAGAUCGCUGAGUUUUAAUUGAAAUCAUGAGCUGAUCAAUGUUUGACCACCACUGAAAACCUGGAAGCACAGUACAAGAUUUCUAGGCAGUGCCCAUCCACAACCCUACACGCGGGGCUUGAACUCAGAACAUUUGGUCUCGCGCGAACGACCACUGAACUGGUAUUCAACGGUGCUGAUGUCUAACUUUAGGUAAUCUACAGUACUGUGUGACCAUUUUUACAGUAUUACAAGUCUUCUUUUAGAAUAAUAAUUGCGUGCGCGUGUGUUCCAGUAAGUUUAAGAUGAUUUCUAAGGAUGCUAUUAGCACGUUUUGCGCGUAAGCGAAAAUCUCAAACUGGAGAAAAUCUUCAAAUAAUGAGCUGACUGAGAGCUUCAUUUUUUUGCUAGCUAAUCUAUUGUGUCUCGAAUCAACUACACUGCAGAGAAACUACCACAAUACAAAGAGAUCAUCAUUGUCACAAAGAUCUAUGACGUAUCGCAUGCAAACAAAAAUAGAUCUGAAAGACCUUGGUACAUCGAAUAGUUUACAAACAUUUUUGUGCAUAAUUACCUGGUGUAUACGAAAAAAUUCUAAUUAGAUUUAUAAACUUAAAAUAAUGAUAAUCUAUUAAAACUAAAGUAGAUUUAACUUAAUGAAAAUGCUUGAGACCAGUAAAAUAUUUCCAAAUAAAUCGUUAAACUGGUACUUAAAAUAAAUAUAUUAAGAUUGAGUCUCGAGUUAGUUAUAAAAAUCGACAAAUGAGUUAAAUAAAGUAAACAAUGCACACUUGUCUAAGACGAUCCUAAGCAUAUGCUUUUAUUACCCCUUUUGAAAUCGCGUAAAAGACAAUAAUACCAACUACGUAGUAAUGAAUUGUAACUUAUAUGACUAAAAAGGGUGCAUAAGUUAUAUGGGUUUUGUAUAAGCUAGCCAAGCAUAUCCGGUUACUGCCAUGACAUUUACAGCCUUAUGCACCAAAUAUUGGUGAUGCGGUGAAAUCCUUUAGUGAACACUGGUCAGACUAACACUUUGCUACUUUGAUGCUUCCAUAGAAAACAAAUGAAUAAAAUAUAAAUUGCUAGUGUAUCAUUCCACAGGUCAAUUUUUAAAUUCACUAGUAAAUUAUCUUUGUAAAACUUUCUAACUUAGCAUCCAUAGCUUAAUGUAAGUAUUGUGGUCUAUUUACCCUAAAAAUCACAACAUAAUCCCUUAGUAUCAAUGUAUUUGACCUUCUGUCUUCGAUAAUUCUUAUCCUUUCUAUGUGGUGUUUUUUAGAGAAUAUAUUUUCAAACUCACUAGAUCACCAACACCUUUGUUGGUACUUUUCAUCUUGACAAAAAUGUAAACUUUCCCACCUGUGAAAACUGAAGUCAAAGAAACCAAGUAAAUCAUAAGCGCUAGGUUGGCGAGACUAUAAUUUAUGGACGAAUCAAUCGGAUUUAAGAUAACAGGUCUUGAAUUUUGGCACUAAAUUCAUUCAUUCAUUUAGUUAAAUAGCGUUUUGGCAUUAUAAUUGAUGUCAGUUUGUGAUGAAAACACUGAAUCUAAUUCCUAAUCCUGACUAUCAACUGUAAAUCAUAAUUCUAAUUCAUCACACUGGUUUAUAAUCAUCAUUUAUUCCUAGUUAGUAGGUGGACAUUUUCAUAAAUUAUAAACAAAGGAAUUUCAGACAUUUCAUAGGAAGAAAAUAUUGAAUGUAGUUGAUUAGUUUAAUGACGAAAAGAAAAAUAGCAAAUGACAACAUAAAAGAUGGUUAUCAUACUUUCUUUACUCAAUAUUUUAUGUUUUGGAUAAUGACCAGUUCCCAGUUUAUGAUACAAUAUACUACAACAAAAAGUAUAUUAUCUUGGUCUUCAUUACAGUAUAUGUAAUAUAACAGUC